GGUUCUAGAUGGCUGGUGGUGCAGAUCCCAAAUGGCAAAAAGAUGCAGCCGAUCAAAAUUUCGAUUAUAUGUUUAAAUUAUUAAUCAUUGGUAAUAGUUCCGUUGGUAAAACAUCAUUUUUAUUCCGUUAUGCUGACGACAGUUUUACAUCAGCAUUCGUUAGCACCGUGGGCAUUGAUUUUAAAGUGAAAACUGUAUUUAGACAUGAUAAACGUGUUAAAUUACAAAUUUGGGAUACGGCUGGCCAAGAACGAUACAGAACAAUUACAACAGCAUAUUAUCGUGGUGCUAUGGGCUUUAUUUUGAUGUAUGACAUCACAAAUGAAGAAUCAUUUAAUAGUGUCCAAGAUUGGGUGACACAAAUCAAAACAUACUCAUGGGAUAACGCACAAGUUAUUCUGGUUGGUAACAAAUGCGACAUGGAAGAUGAACGUACUAUUAGCUACGAGCGAGGGAAACAAUUAGCUGAUCAAUUAGGCGUUGAGUUCUUUGAAACUAGUGCCAAAGAAAACAUUAAUGUUAAAGCAGUAUUCGAACGAUUAGUCGAUAUUAUCUGUGACAAGAUGUCGGACAGUUUAGAUUCAGAUCCAACAUUAAUGAGCGGUGGUGCAAAAGGUCAACGACUCACAGAACAGCCACAAGGACCCCAAGCAGCAAACUGUAACUGCUAAUACUUUUAAAUUUGAGGAAAAAAUUUUCGCAAAAACAAAAUCGAA